AUGGAAGGCAUGUGGGACCUGGUGAGCACCGCCUUGGUCGCACUUACGGUGAUGGUCGCCACGUCCUGGGUCAUUUGGCGCCGACGGCAGCACAGUCUCUUCUCUCAGCUCGGAUACGCGGGCCCUCCGCCGGAUCUCGUGUGGGGCAGCUGGAAGCAACUGCAGAAGGACCGAAUACCGGUGAUGGGAGAAUGGAUACGGACAUAUGGCAAGGUCUUUGGAUUCUACCUGGCUGAGAAGCCCUAUAUGGUUAUCACGGACGUCGAUAUGAUCAAGGAAAUCUUUGUAAAGGACAGCCGGAUAUUUCAGGAUAGACCACUCUAUGCCCUCGAUGUCGAACCCAUGACAAGCUCCGUCUUUUUUGUUACAGGCGCAGAGUGGAGGAAGGUCCGCUCUAUCAUGAACCAAGGUUUCACAGCCACAAAAGUGAAGCUUUACUCCCGCAUCGUGAACCAAUGCGCAAAUGUGUUCGUCGACAUUCUCGGAGAACUCUGUUCCAAAUCGAAGGUGGCUGAAAUGUACCGCCUAACCCAGAGUUUGGCCCUUGAUAUCAUCACGAAGGCGGCGUUGGCUUGGGAGAUUGACUGCCAACGAGACAGCAAAGACCCUUUCCUUACAUGGAUGCGCAAGGUCUUCGAACACGCGGACAAGACGGCUCUCGAGAGCUCAUUCGCAUUUCCCGCCUUGCGUCCUCUCUUGCUGUUGUUCUACCCUCUGUCGUCCUUCGCUCGCUGCAUGAAGAAAAUGAUGGAUGACGUGGACAAAGUGACGGAGAAGCGUCGCACGGGAAAGAGUCCUCGCCGUGAGGACAUGAUACAGAUGAUUCUGGACGCCCAGGAUAACGCAAAGAACGGGGGUCACGCCACUGGCCAGAAGGUUAAAACGCUGGAAGACCGCCAUGUCAGCUCGAACGCCGUAGUGCUUCUGAUAGCUGGCUUCGACACCACAGCGUCAGCGCUCGCCUUCUUGUUGCACCUGGUGGCCAAACAUCCCGAAGAGCAGACGAAGAUUCUGAACGAGUUGGAGCAACGUUUUCCGGGUGUAGGCGAACUAUCGUUCGAGCAGCUACACGAGCUCGAGAGACUAGAUAUGGUGGUCAAGGAAGCACUGCGUCUAUACCCUCCUGUCCCGCUCAUGGUGGCUCGACGUUGCAUUCAGAACACGACGGUUCUCGGACACUUCAUUCCAGCCGGUGUGAACAUCAUUGCACCUGCGUGGUACGUGCAUCGUGACCCGGACCUCUGGCAGGAGCCAGAAAAGUUCAUGCCCGAGCGAUUUUCUGAGGAAGAGUCGAAGAAGCGCCACAGUGCCGCUUAUUUUCCUUUCGGCUUAGGUCAGAGGACCUGUCUCGGCAAACGAGUUGGUCUACUAACGAUGAAGACAGCCUUGAUAAAAACUCUGCGAGACUACAAGCUUGAAAUCUGCGAAAAAUCUCAAGAUCCCUUGCACAUGACUGUUCCGAGUCUGGUGGGUAACCCGAAAGGCGGAGUGUACCUGAAGCUUACUGCCCGGUAUUCCUGAGCAGUG